UCCGCUGCGUCAAGACCCGGACACAUGUGCUCAGAGAGACAGACACAGACACAGAGAGAGAGACAGACACAGAGAGAGAGACAGGAGAUAGCAGCUCUCAGAGAUAGGACACCCGGGGGUCGCAGUGAAACAGGUUUUAAACGGCGACGUUCCAACGAGCUUUAAAAACCACAGAGGUGGAAUCUAGGCCGCACGUCAGCGCUUUGAUCUGGACAGGAAACCGCCAGCGCUCUGCAGGAAGAGUUUGGAUGGGAGGCGUCUGAUAGCGCUCACAUGCCAUAUUUCCCUGUGGUCAGAGCUUUUUCCUCUCUUUCAUGAUGCAGAGUUACUGCAGCUGAUCACAGGCCGGGCAUGACGACGCGGGCCGAGCCGAGGGCCGAGCCGAGGGUGUAGCCACGUCUGGCAGAGACAGUGCUGCACAUCACGCCGUCCACUGCAGCGGGACGAUGGGUGAGACGGACGAGGACAGGGAGGACGUGGGGAAACAGUUUGAGAAGUUUGUCCAGGCGUCGACGUGCAAAGGAGCGCUGCAGGCCUUCAGUGUCCUCUGCAGACAGCUGGACCUGGACCCCGCAGACAACCGCUCCUUCUACAGCAGCCUGAGGGCAAAGGUCACGUCGUGGAAGGCCAAAGCCCUGUGGACUAAACUGGACAAGAGGAUUUCACAUAAGGAGUAUCAGAAAGGCCAAGCAUGUGCCGGCACCAAGUGCCUCAUCAUCGGCGGCGGUCCCUGCGGCCUGCGGACGGCCAUCGAGCUCGCGCUGACCGGCGCCAAAGUGGUGGUGAUCGAGAAGAGGGACUCGUUCUCCAGGAACAACGUGCUGCAUCUGUGGCCCUACACCAUCCAUGACCUGCGGGGCCUCGGGGCCAAAAAGUUCUAUGGCAAAUUCUGCGCCGGGGCCAUAGACCACAUCAGCAUCCAGCAGCUGCAGCUCACCCUGCUGAAGGUUGCACUCAUCGUUGCAGUCGAGUUUCACGUCAACGUGGAGUUCGUCCGACUGCUGGAGCCUCCAGAGGAUCAGGAGAACCAAGCGCUCGGGUGGAGAGCUGAGGUUCGACCCGCCGAUCACCCUGUGGCGAACUUUGACUUGGAUGUCGUGGUGGGAGCGGACGGACGCAGGAAUACUCUGGAAGGUUUCAGAAGGAAGGAAUUCCGAGGGAAACUGGCGAUCGCCAUCACGGCCAACUUCGUCAACAGGAACACGACGGCUGAGGCCAAAGUGGAGGAGAUCAGCGGCGUGGCGUUCAUCUUCAACCAGAAGUUUUUUCUCGACCUCAAAGAGGAGACAGGCAUCGACCUGGAGAACAUCGUCUACUACAGGGACAACACGCAUUACUUUGUCAUGACGGCCAAGAAACAGAGUCUGCUGGACAAGGGGGUCGUGAUUCAUGACUACCUGGACACCCAGAUGCUGCUGAGCAGCGACAACGUGGACCAGGAAGCUCUGCUGUGCUACGCCCGCGAGGCUGCAGACUUUGGCACCAACUAUCAGCUCCCCACGCUGGACUUUGCCAUGAACCACUGCGGGCAGCCGGACGUGGCCAUGUUCGACUUCACUAACAUGUACGCCUCGGAGAACGCCGCUCUGGUCCGGGAGCGCUUUGGACACCAGCUGCUGGUGGCGCUGGUCGGCGACAGCCUGCUGGAGCCGUUCUGGCCGAUGGGGACGGGCUGCGCUCGAGGCUUCCUGGCCGCCUUUGACACGGCCUGGAUGGUGAGGAGCUGGGCUCAGGGUCGGCCCGCUCUGGAGGUGCUGGCAGAGAGAGAGAGCAUUUACAGGCUCCUCCCACAGACGACCCCCGAGAACAUCGCCAAGAACUUUGAGCAGUACACCAUCGACCCAGGAACUCGAUACCCGAACCUCAACGCCUCCUGUCUCAGGCCGCACCAGGUGCGUCACUUGUACGUCAGCGGGGAAGUGAAUUCCUGCUCUCUGGAGCGAGCCGCCACCAUACGACGACCUGUCAAUCUCUGCAGGCGAGAGUCCGAGGUCAGACCGGCGCGGCUCCUGACGUGGUGUCAGAAACAGACGGAGGGCUACAGGAACGUGAGCGUCACCGACCUGACGUCCUCGUGGCAGAGCGGCAUCGCUCUGUGUGCCCUCAUCCACAGGUUCAGACCUCAGCUCAUAGAUUUCGAUUCACUGAAUGAAGAAGACCACGCUGCAAACCUGCAGCUGGCGCUCGACGUCAGCGAGCGAGAGUUUGGCUUUCGCUCGUUCACCUCGCUGAAGGAUCUGAGCGCUGCUGACGACCCGGACAAAACCUGCAUGAUCACCUACUUGUCCAGGUUCUAUGAGCUCUUCCGUGGAACACCUCUGCCUGCGUCAGGCUCCAGAGUCGUGGAUGAAAACAAUGAAGAUUAUCCAUCCAAGGACGCGAGGAGUAAAAACAACGGGCUCAACAUCGCGGUGCCCAGGAAGCGAGUUCCAAAGGAUGAAAAGAGGACAGAUGGCACAGACCCCACCUACAAGAGGAGGAGAAAGUUCUAUUUUGAGGAGGCCGCCGACGUGUCCAGUAACGGCUGCGCGGUGCCAGACACACAAGAGCCCAAAGAAAAUAGAGUACGCUCCAUAUCCAGUCAGUUAUUGGCCAAGUUUGAAAGCAAGCCGAGCAACGCUAUCCGAAGAACACAGUCAGACUGUGAGAGGACGACGUCCGUGCUGCAAACACGUGACCUGAGCGAGAGUCUGCGCGGUAGAGUCAGGCCUCGGGUUCCGCCUCAACCUUCUCCUGAGAGACAGUUUGAGUUCAGCCUCAGAAAAGCCGCAGAGCACUUAGUCCACCUGCCGCCAAAGCCUCCGCCCAAACCCCGCCUCCCGCCCCAGUGUCCAUUUCCCUCUGUGAAGCUCAGACACGUUGAUGAAAUAGACUGUGAGUCGAAGCCUCAGUGUGACCCUGAGAGCACAGAUCCCCCGGCCUCCUCCUCCUCCUCCUCCUCCUCCUCCUCCUCCUCCUGCCACUCAGCGAUCCAGUUCAUGUCGAGGCUCCUGCAGCGCCUCAGGGAGGUGGACGAACACGUCUCUGAGAGAAAAGCUCACACACAACAGACUCGAGAGUUCCACACAAAGAGUAUAAAGGACAAAGCUGUUCACCUGAGCGGCUUGUUCUCAGGAGACAGUUCUGCUGAUCUCAAGAGUUGCAUCGUGCGGAGGACGUUCCAACAGACGGGCGACAGGUGUCACUCGUGUCAGCGGCGCGUCUACAUGGUGGAGAGAGUCUGUGCCGAGGGCCUGUUCUUCCACAGGGAGUGCUUUCGCUGCUCCACCUGCAACUCGGCCCUGCGACAGGGAGCGCACGCUUUCGACUCUGAACAAGGUAAAUUGUUCUGCAAACUUCAUUUUGAUCAACGUCACUCUGGGACAACUCUUCGCAGAAGCUUCUCUCUGCGCUCAAUCCAUAAUGGCAGUGGAGUGAAGGAGCGCCGCGAUGCAGACGCAGAUGUCGGGGAGAUCCCUCAGCCCAGCGGCACAGCACACCUGCAGAGUCCACCUGCAGCAGGUACCGGGCUCACUUCCUUUAUCAGGAAACAGCUGAGCAGGCCCAUGAGUGUGACUCGCACGGUGUGCAGCGCCCCCUGGCGUCUGUCCCGCUCCGUGCGCAGCGCGGCGCAGGCCGUCUGCGGCCACCUGAGGGACAACGCCCCGGACUACACAUUCCUGUACGAGCUGCUGAGCAUGAGCCUGCCCCUGUUGUUUGUUCUGCGGGAGGUUCUGGUGCAGCUGUACGCCGAGGCCGUGCCCGACGAGUCCAGCUCUCUGCAGCCGCUCGUGCUGUGGCUGCAGCAGCAGGUCGGGCACAGGCUCGUCUAGACUCUGAGGAGACGCCGAGAUCAUCGCUGACACAAGCACCUUUUUAAUGUUUAGUUGAAUGGUACAGUUUUUUUUUCACACGAUAUGAAACUGUGUCGUGGAAUUCUGCAGUUGUUGGAUUAAAGUGCAUUCACUGCAGUUAAUAUGCAGAUGAACUCAAACAAAGGACUUAAGGAGAAAUAUCCUUCAACCCUUUGAAUUGUCUUGAAAAAAGGAACCUGUAGUUAAAACGUCUUAACUCAGGUUUAAUGCACUUUAUCUUUGCUUUAUAGACGUCACAUGUCACAUGUGUUGUCUUUUAAUACAGAAUAUUAUGCCACACUCUAGUCAUUCACUUUUAUACUCUGACUACACUGUUUUACUUUAUAUAAAGUGUUUUUUUUAUUGAUUGCUGGAUUGUUGGAACUGUGGACUCUGGGUAUUUAGUUCUACUUUGCUGCCACCUACUGUCGACUCUAAGAAAACCCAUGAAGGCAAACGAGAGAAAAAUGAACACACGUCAUCUCCCUGUGUUGUGUUUUUAAAAAGACUGUGGACACUGGCGAGCAUGCUUGUGCUUGUGUGUUUGAAUGUGUUUGCCGUGAUUGAGACGCACGUUUUAAAAGAUCAACAGCAAACCUCUCUGACAGGAAGCUGCACGGCCGCUUCCUGUUCGUAUGCAACAUCCAACGACGCUCGUGAAGCACUUUAGAGUCGGAUUUUAAAGUCAUUAUUAUUUGAACCGUAAAGCAUUUCAAGUGUUUACAGCAUGAGAUGUUGGAUUUUGUGCGUUGUUUCUCGACAGCUUCCUCAUGUUGGAACUGAAUCUGAACGUUGUUGUUUGUUACGGGAGGAAAACGCACACACACACUCACUGGACUUGUAUAAUAUUUAUAAUUAUACAUGUGUUUUACAAGAUGAAUAUAACAUGUACAACGGUGCCAACAAACAAACACCUUCAUUAUGAAUGUCAGUGUUUUUGUGUUCAUAAAGACUUUUUUGCUA